ACACCAGCAGUGGGCAGACAUAUAUAUAAAUAGAAAGAGUUUGAGAAAACCGAUCCCCUCAACUAUUUACCUACUGAUUGAACACAGCAGCAAAAAGAGAAAAAGGGGGGGAGAGAGAGAGAGAGAGAGAGAGAGUCCCAACAUCUCUCUAGGUUUAAACCCUUGAUAAAUAUAGUUAGCACUCGAGCUCAAACAUCAAAAGAGAAGGCGAGUCCGAUGAGAAGAGGGAUUGUGCUUUCUCCCAACCCUUGAAAAACUGGCCCCGUCUAUGCUGUAUCAGGCAGGCAGGCAGGCAGGCGGGGUAGCUUAGAGGAUGGCAGCCUCAGCCGGCAGCGCAGAUAUAUAUGUAUUGUGGUAGAUAACACAAGUCUUAGGAAUGGGAAACGCUAUUAUACGUUUUUGCUAACUCUGUUGUCCUAGCUAGCUUCUUUAUGUUCUUUCAACACCCAACAUACAGUUCUAUGGAGGAACAACUAUUAUUUUAUAUGGGCGGAGCAGGAGAAUAUCUUUAAUCUACUGUUUCCCCACUAUUGCACUACUACUCGUAAACACCCUUUCGCAGUCUUCCAAGAUUUAUUUAUUUAUUUUUUUUUGUUUUGAUGAGACUGUACUGAUCAGAAUUCAGAGAGAGAAAGGGGGAAAAAAGAAAAGAGGGAAGAGGUAUAGUUUCUCUCUCUAGCUAUCCCUUCAACUGGUUAACAGACCCCUCUUUUGGUAUUCUACCCUUUUUCUUCUUUGGUUCAUCGAUCUUUUUCAUUUCUUGAGAGUGGAGAAAUGUGGGAUCUCAACGAUUCGCCGGAGCAAAAAAGGAGGGGUGAUGAUGAGUCAGAGGAGUGCUCGGAUGAGAAGGGAAAACGGGUUGGAUCCGUGUCCAAUUCGAGCUCAUCGGCGGUGGUUGUUGAGGAUGGCUCAGAAGAAGAAGACGGGGCGAGGGGAGGAAGAACGAGGAAGAGAAGCAGCAAAAUCUUUGGGUUUUCUGUGGCUCGUGAUGACAAGUAUGAUGAUGAUGAGACGGGGCCGUGCUCGUCGCCGGUGACUCGGCAGUUUUUUCCGGUUGAUGAGUCGGAAAUGGUGGGUGGUCGGGGACUUGCGGAUUUCCCCAGGGCUCAUUGGGUCGGUGUUAAAUUCUGCCAGUCCGGGCCCCAUGGCGGGGGAAGCGGCAGCAAUAGUGCUAUAGUAGGAAAGUCGGUGGCAGAUAUGGGCCAACCUCUCAAGAAGAGCCGCCGAGGCCCCAGGUCCCGGAGCUCCCAAUAUCGAGGCGUCACGUUUUACCGGAGAACAGGCCGUUGGGAGUCGCACAUAUGGGAUUGCGGGAAGCAAGUUUAUUUAGGUGGAUUUGAUACAGCACAUGCGGCGGCCCGCGCAUACGAUAGGGCAGCCAUUAAGUUUCGAGGAGUGGAUGCAGACAUUAACUUUAGUUUAGAGGAUUAUGAAGACGACUUAAAACAGAUGAGCAAUCUAACCAAGGAGGAAUUCGUGCACGUACUCCGGCGACAAAGCACUGGUUUCCCAAGAGGGAGUUCCAAGUACAGAGGUGUUACUUUGCAUAAAUGCGGUAGAUGGGAAGCCCGAAUGGGCCAGUUCUUGGGCAAAAAGUACGUCUAUUUGGGUCUCUUUGAUACUGAAAUUGAAGCUGCAAGGGCUUAUGACAAAGCUGCCAUCAAAUGUAAUGGGAAGGAAGCUGUUACAAAUUUUGAUCCCAGCAUUUACGACGAAGAACUUAAGGGUACUACUGGUGCAGAGUCUUCCAACAAUACAUCAGACCACAAUCUGGACCUGAGUUUGGGGAAUUCAGCGUCAAGGCCUGUCGGCGGCCGGGAAUCCGGGCUUAGAGAUCAGCACUGUUCCUUUGAAGUUGAUUGGAGACGGCGGGGAUUGAGGCCUGAGCUUAAUUUCCAGCCCCAUAUGGGUGGGAUCGGGACGGAUACUCCAUGGAGAAGAGAUGGAUACAACGAGACAGAAACGUUGCAGCUCCUGAGCCAAACGCACCUUCAUUCUCCAGGCUCGUUGAAGGUUAACAACGAAACACACAGAUUCGGACAGUCGGGGGGCAAAACAAACGAACCCCACAUGCUACAGAUGUUGAACAACAACACCCCAUUUAGCCAGCAAAAUCAUGAGUUUGGUGGGGGCAGAGGAAGAGGAAGAGGAAGAGGAGAGGUUUCUGUUGCAAGAAACGAAGUACAGCAAUGGCAAAUGAAUCAAAGUCCAUUAUUUGCUACUGCUGCAGCAUCAUCAGGAUUCCCACAGGCCCAGAUUCUGAGACCCCAAAACUGGCUGCACAAAAAUGGGAUCCACCCACUGACCCGACCCUCAUGAUCAUCAUAAUCCACCCUUGUUAUUCCCUGAAAUAUUUUCCCAUCAAAGUAAGAAAUUAGAAAGAUCUCCGUUUCUCUGUAAGUCCGUACAAGUUUUAUGCUCAUCACCUUACAUUUUUCUUUAACUCUCCACAACAUAUAUACUUUUAGUAAUUAAUUAGAUAUACAUAACCAGAAUGUUCUUUUUCUUAAA